AUGGCAAACAUUCAAGAGAAUCCAAGGACGUUCGAUAAUAACGGGCGACAAGAAGAAGUACAUUUGACUAUGGAAAUGCAUCCGUACGAAGAUCGUCGUUGGAGUAACACUUCUGGAGACUCGACAGCUCGCGUAUCCCAGGCAUCCGAUGAAGCUCAAGUGGGGGAGGAACAAGAAUUGAUAAACCAAGAACAAAAGAAAAACAAAGAUAAACGCCAAGGCAACAGACUCACUCGAAGGCAAAUCCUCUUGCGGCAACUAGGGCAUUUUUUGACGAUUAUGAUUAUCAAUAUUGGGAUACCUAUGGCGAUCUUUUACGUCUUUCGAAUCUUUACCAACGACAUUGUGGCUCUUAUUGUAUCGGGCGUUCCACCCUUGUUGCGUGUGAUUUAUGUGAUGAUCCGUCGACGGCGCGUAGACGUGCAGAGCUCGAUAUUUGUGCUAGCAUUUGCCAUUUCAGCGGCAUUAACAGCCAUCAGUGCCGAUGCACGUGUGGCUAUUCUUCGAGAUUCCAUAUCUACCGUGGUGAUUGCUGUCCUGUUCUUGCUCACGCUGAUACCCAUACGCACUCGAUGGUUCAAGGUGUACCCGUUUACCCAUCUCGUCAAUAGCGAAAUGCUGGAUGAAGCAGGUCCCAUCACUUGGAUAAACGAACAGGGUCAAGAGGAAUCGGUGUCUCGAGCUGAAUGGACCUGGGAUCACGUCAAGAAAUACCGCAUCUUCAAUAUUAUCCUAUCCUUUUGCUGGGGAAUCGCCUUGAUUUUAAACUUUGUAGCCAUCAUCAUGAUGCUCUUCAUGGACGCUACCAUAAGUCAGAUCGUUUUAUGGGGCAAUGUUAUCCUCAUUAUCGUUGUAGUGAUCCUCUUCCCAACCACUGCCUAUGUAUUGGUUAAGUUGCAAAAGCAUAUUAACCAAGCUGAAGACGAUUGGCGAGCCGAACACGAUUAUAGUGAUACAUUCAAUGCUGAUACAACAAGUGAUAGCAGCCGCAGAAAUAGCGAUUCUACAGACUACCACCACCAGCAACCCCAUCAGAUAGUGUAA